UUUUAAGUUAAUUUGUGAUUUUGCUUUGUUUCUUAUCGCCGGUACUUGUGUUACCUUUAAUUAUAAAAUAUUCAUUCGUACGAUUGGUUUUAAAUUCCACUAAAAAUGGCCUCACGUUUGCGUCAUUUAAAUCCCAAGAAGACUCUGUUUCUUUUCUGUGACAUCCAGGAAAAAUUUCGUCCUGGCAUGCCAUUAUUUGAUAAUUUUAUACAAAAUUCCAAUAAAUUAACUAAAGCUGGCAAAGAAUUGGGUAUACCUUUGAUUGUUACCGAACACUAUCCCGAACGUUUGGGCCACAGUGUUAAGGAUAUUGAUAUUAGCCAUGCUAAAGCCGUCAUAAGCAAGACUCGUUUUAGUAUGUUGGUACCGGAAUUGGACGCUAAAAUGAAGGAGAUUUUUGGCGACAAACCUGAUGAUGUUGUACUGUAUGGUUUAGAGUCCCACAUUUGUGUUGAACAAACUGCCAUGGAUCUUUUGGAACGCAACAUAAGAGUUUCUUUGGUAGCCGAUUGUGUGUGUUCUCGUUUGAAACAAGAUCGUGAUUUGGCUUUGGAACGUUUCCGUGCAGCUGGUUGCAAUGUUACUACCAGUGAAAGUGUUAUUUUCGAUUUAUUGCGUGAUAAAAAUCAUCCUAAAUUCGAUAUUGUGCGUAAAUUUGUCAAUAACCCAUCGGCUGAUAUGGAAUUAUCUUUAUCGGCAACCAAUUCCAAAUUGUAAAUAUUUUCUUGAAAAAAUUGUUUUAAGGUAAUGAAAGUUUUGUUGCAUUUUGUAAAUUGAAAUAUGUAUGUGUAUCAAAUUUGUUUAAUUUGUUUAUUAAU